AUGAACAGUGUAAUGUUUUCUGUCUGCUUUUUAUUAAGUUUGUUGUUUUUAUCAAAAACAUCGGCGGACGACAAAGGUCCGCUGGUGACCCUCAAAUAUGGAAGUCUGAGAGGGAAGUACACAAAUGUGAAGGGGCUGGGGCCUGCAGUCCACACAUACCUGGGCGUGCCCUUUGCUCAGCCGCCCGUGGGGCAUCUGAGGCUGGCCCCUCCCCGGCCUGCGAAACCGUGGGAAGGAGUGCGGGAUGCCACGCAGCAGCCAGCCAUGUGUCUACAGGACAGAGCAUUGGUGGCAGACUUGCUCGAUAAGGUUUCAAUGGAGAUGGACAUCCCUGCAAUUUCAGAGGACUGCCUCUACCUAAACAUAUACACCCCUGCAACAUCCACAGCAGACUCUAAACUACCAGUCAUGGUUUGGAUCCACGGCGGAGGGCUUAUGUUGGGGGCAGCAUCUUCUUACGAUGGCUCUGCGCUGGCAGCCUAUCAAGACGUGGUGGUGGUGCUGAUUCAGUACCAGUUAGGAAUUCUAGGCUUCUUCAGCACAGGGGAUGAGCACGUCCCUGGCAACCUGGGCAUGCUCGACCAGGUGGUCGCUCUGCAGUGGGUCCAGGAGAACAUCCAGAGUUUCGGAGGGGACCCCAGAUCAGUCACCAUCUUCGGGGAGUCAGCUGGGGGUGUGAGCGUGUCCCUGCAGCUCCUUUCUCCGUUGUCUUCCGGGCUGUUCCACCGUGCAAUUGCAGAGAGUGGAACUGCAAGGAUGAACAUGGUCUUCAAUCCCAACCCUCUGCCCAUUGCCCAGAUUGUGGCUAACAUGUCAGGAUGUGACAUCACAAGCACAGAGAAGAUGGUGGAGUGUAUGAAGUUGUUUACUAAAGAGGAUAUCUUAAAGACCAUGGAGCAGACAAAAGAUGUUUUUUUUGGGAUAACAAACGACGGAGUGUUUCUCACAAAGUCAACGGAGGAAGUUUUCCAGAACCAUGAGGUCCACAAGGUCCCAUUUAUGACGGGUGUGACAAACCAGGAGUGUGGCUGGCUCUUACCAGACUUCCUUGGUCCCCCAGGCUGGGUAGAGGGAUUGGACCGGGAGCAGGUCAUAUCUGUGAUGUCAGUUUUCUACCCUGAGCCUAAAGAUCAGCAAAUACCAGAACUGAUAACGGAUGAAUACCUGGGCACCGCAGAAGAUCGGCUUGCCAAUCGGGACAGGCUCAUAGAGUUGAUGGGGGACAUUAUGUUUACAAUCCCAGCCAUUAAGACAGCGAAAGCCCACAGAGACGCAGGGGCGCCCGUGUUCCUGUAUGAGUUCCAGCACAGUCCCAGCGUACUGCAGCGGAACAGGCCCGACUUCGUAAAAUCUGACCACGGGGACGAUAUCCUCUUUGUCUUCGGCGGAUGCUUCUGGGACGGGCACAUCAAGAUGAAAGCCUGUACAGAGGAAGAGGAGCAGCUUUGCAAGACGGUGAUGGCAUACUGGACCAACUUCGCACGCACAGGGUCUCCCAAUGGAGCAGGUUUGGUCGAAUGGCCGCAGUACAGAGACAAUGAGGAGUACCUAGGCCUGGGGUUGGUGCAGCAACCAGGCCAGAGGCUGAAAGAGAACCGCUACAUCUAUCUGACUCAGACGCUGCCAGAGAAGGUGCGAGCCCUGCAGGAGCAGGGUGAGCACAGCGAGCUGUAG